CAGCAGUAGUCCGCAGGAGGCGUUGCCGGCGCUGCGGGACGUGUCGAGCUGGGUGCCGCACACCAUGUCAGUGCCGCCGCCGUUGCUGGCUAAGGCGGUGGUGGCGGCCCUGCUCAACACGUUGAUCACCGCCGAGCGCGGGAAGGAACGGGAUGAUGCGGUGGACAUGCCCUCCGGCAUGGCACUCAGUACGGACGUGGCGGACACGCUGGGGCGGAGGGUCAUGGACAUGGUGUCGUACAUGCAGGCUUGUGAGUUGGUGGUUAAGAAGCGCAGCGAGGUGCGCAAAGCCGUGAGAGACAGGCGCGAGGUGUGGAUAGCUGCCCG